AUGACGGAUAAGGAGCGGUUGUUUUCGGAAUUUUACUCCGAAGUAAAAAUAAUAGAAAAGAGGGACUCGACUCUGACACCAAAACAGCAAAUCGACAGACUGAAUAGACCGGGAUGCACGUACUUCAACCUUAAUCCAUUUGACGUGUUACAAGUUGAUCCAGAGGCGAAGAUGUCAGACAUCAAAUCAAGGUAUCGUCAGAUGUCUCUUCUUGUCCAUCCAGAUAAAAAUCAGGAUGACGCUGAGAGAGCCCAAAAAGCCUUUGAUGCUGUUACGAAGGCAUAUAAAACGCUUGAAAACAAUGAAAGUUAUCGAAAAUGCCUCGAAGUUGUUCAGGAAGCGAAGGAUCGUGUCAUCCAGAUGGUCUCGGAAAAACGCAUCAAGGCUAAAGGGCAGACCAUAGAUGAGGACGAUCCAGCCAAGUACAGACAUGCUGUAUAUGUGCAAACGUGCAAACUCUUUGCAGAUCUAGAACGUCUUCGCGUGGAUGAAGAGACAAAACAGCAGAACGAAAGACACUGCUUUUGGCAAUAUGUGGGCAUCUUUUUGCAGAGCGUCGUCCCAUUCUUUUUAAAUGAAGAAAUUUCUAUUUUUAGGAAGAGAAAGGCAGAAGAGGAGGAAAUGCAUCGCUUUCGUGUGCAGUACGAUAGGGAGUGGCGCGACAACUACGAAGAGAGUCGGAAAGAUCGGGUGAGAAGUUGGCGCAACUUCACUGCUAAGAAGGCCAAGAAAGGCGAGAGUCUGGGUGGCUUCAAGCCUCCCAAGACGCGUAUGGAACAGCGCCCCAACUGA